AUGAGCCUCUUCCGCGUCCACUGCAAGGCGAACCAGCUCCUCAUCGAGGAUUGCCGCAAGGGCGAGUCGUCAUGGCUCAAGGUCAGCAUCCCCGUCAUGCGCCCCGCGUCGUCGGAAGCGCCCCUCUCGGCCGCCAAGGGCGCCGCGCCGACCUCGGCGCCGUACCAAGGCAUCGUCGACCUUGACGAAGUCGCGCGCGUGCCGGACGACAACGACUCGCCGCCGAUUCCCGUGGACGCUAUCUAUGGUGUCUACAGCCUCCUCUCGGGGCCGCACAUGGCCUUCAUGAAGAAGAGCCGCGUCGUCGGCAAGGGCCCAGGCGGCGAGGUGCUGUACCAGAUGACGGAGCUCGAGUUCAUCCCGGUCUCGGAAACCCUGCACCGCCAGUUCAUGUCGACGGCGACGAAGCAGGAGAAGCACGACGAGGCCGUGUACCUCAACAUGCUCUCGACGAUGGGCAAGUCGCAGCUCUUCUACUACUCGUUCGAGUACCACUUGACGCUCUCGGCGCAGCGCCGGUUUGGCACUUCGGGGCUCAAGCUGCCGAUGCAUUUGCGCGCCGACGAAGGCUUCUUCUGGAACAAGCCGGUCCUCGAGCCCUUCUUCCGCUCCAAGCUCAAGCUCGAAAAGUGGAUCGUCCCGGUCAUCAACGGCUACGUCAAGGUCAUGCCCAACGUCAAGGUGAGCGCGGACGUGCCACCGUUUGACUUCUUCUUCUUCACGCGCCGCAGCUGGCGCCGCAUCGGCACGCGCUUCAACGUCCGCGGCGUCGACAAGGACGGCCACACGGCCAACUUUGCCGAGACGGAGGUGCUCAUGCGCAAGCCGGACGGUGGCAUUUGCUCGUACGUGCAGAUCCGCGGCUCGAUCCCGCUCUACUGGGACCAAAUGGUGACGCUCAAGUACAUGCCCCGGACGCGCUACGCCUUUAGCUCGUCCGAGUCGAUCGUCGACUGGAACGAGCUCGCGUUUCGCGCGCACUUUGACCAGAUCAUUGCCAAGUACGGGCACAUUACGGUCGUGAACCUCAUUGACAAGGCGGGCAAGAGCGCGACGGUCCGCGACCAAGCGCAGCUCGGCACCGCGUAUCAAAAGUACGCGAAAAAGUACAAUGCGCAGUCGGCGGACGGCUCGGCGCCGUCGCCGUUGCAGACGGCGAGCUCGUCCCUCGACGACGACAAGCCGCUCGAGCGAAGCGAUCGCUCGGGCAGCUUUCUCGGUGAGUCGGGUGGUCUCAUUCCGCCGUCGCCGCGGCUGCGCUUCCGCCGGUCGACGCCGUCGGUCGAGACGGUGUCGCCGCCAGCCGCGCUCUCGCCCAAGCCGAGUUUGUUUGCCGAGCCGAUUACGUACGUGUGGUUUGACUUUCACCACGAGUGCCGCAAGAUGCAGUGGGGCAACCUCUCGAAGCUCAUGGACCAGGUCAACGACUGCUUCUCCAAGUACGAUUGGUUUGAAGCCGACCGCGACGGCCGUGUGCUCAAGAAGCAGAAGGGUGUUUUCCGCGUCAACUGCAUGGACAACCUCGACCGCACGAACGUGGUCAUGAGCCUCAUUGGCCGCCGCGCGAUGCUCCAAGCGCUCGGCGUCAACACGGCAAAUAUUACCAACUGGCUCGACUCGCCCUUUGAGGCCUUUGAGCUCCAGUUUAAGAACGCAUGGGCCGACAACGCGGACGCGGUCUCGGUCAUGUACGCGGGCACAGGCGCGCUCAAGACGGACUUCACGCGCACGGGCAAGCGGACGCUGGCCGGUGCGAUCCAGGACGGCGUCAACUCGGUCACGCGCUACUACCUCAACAACUUUUCGGACGGCAUUCGGCAGGAUGCGAUGGACCUCUUUGUGGGCAACUACGCGUUUUUCCACCUCCUCAUGGAAAUGGCGGUCGUCGCGCUCAUGGUGGUGGGCGUCUCGCUCUCGCUGCACAACGCCGAGGACUUGGCGCGGCGCGUCCGUGACGGCGCGAUCGCCGCGAUCGUUGGCUUUGCGACCGUCGGGUACCUCCUCCUGAAGAAGGGCUCGUUCCGCACGGUGGGCCGCCACUUUGUGUGCAAGCCGUCGUUUUGCUCGAGCGGCUACAUUCGGAGGAAAGAUGCCUGA